AUGGCGGUUAAAAUAGCACUAGCUGUGGGAUUAUUCAUCCUAAUCUGUGUGCCACCUGGUAUAAAAUCAUCCCAGGUAGUUCCAGAUGGUCUGGUUUACACCGAAAUAGAGAAGACACUGGUCCAAGGAGUGCAAGGUGUUUUCACAUGUCGCUUCUAUGGAGACCCAGUUGCAGUCUACUGGAGAAAGGGCCUAGAUCCUGGCAAUCUAAGACCCAUGGUUGUAUGGUAUGAUGGUGAAGUAUCAGGACCAAGAUAUGACGAUGGAAGUUGCGACGUCGACGAAAAUUAUUCCUUGAUCAUCAACAAUGUUUCAACGGCAGAUGUUGGAAGAAUACACUGCACAGUUUCCAACAACAAGGGACCUCUGAUGCACAACUACACUGACAUUUCAGUUGUAGAUACUGCAAUCACAACAAAUCCACAAGCCACUUUACAGCUGCGUCAAGCUACAUUUGGUCUCCUGCAAUGCACUGUUCAUAUCAAAGCCAGAAGAGUCUCUUGGAAGAAGAGAACUACCUCCUUGGCGGAUGAAAGUCUGGUUGUAAUGGAAAGCAACAAAAAUAUUUCUGAAAGAAGUGGAGCUGGAUACUACGACGGCACGUACAACAUCACCCAAGAAUACUCGCUGGUCAUCAAGGAGUUACAGAUCCAUCACGAAGGUCUUUAUGUGUGUGAGGUGACCGAUGAUACUGGAAUGUCCUUCAGGAAUCACACAUUUGUCAAUGUGGUUGGUUAUGAGACACUUAUAAAACAUCGUUUGGAUGAUGCAUUGAUGCAGCUUCACACAAGGAUAGGUGGCCCUAUUGACAAGGAACUUGCUAAUGACAUAACUGAUGAAAACAGGACUUCUCUCUUCGAUACUCACCAGAUGCUUACUGAUUGGCAGUCGCAUAGACUCACAUUUACAAGAGUCAAACAAACGAUCGACAAAGAAAAAGAGCCAGAUGAUAUCUGGCCUUAUAACGAUGAACUGAAGACGAUUUCACGUCAUCUGACACAAGAAUCAAUGAAGGAAGUCUGCAAGAAACUAGAAAUUGACUUCCAAUGUGAUGAUGCUAAUGACGAAGGGAAACGGUUAGAAACUCUACGUAAAUGGAGAACCAACACGUCAACUCAACCUAUAUGGGAUAAAUGGGAGCAACUCUUUUCAGCCUUGGAAUCAAUCAACCUGGGAGGUUUGCUGCCAAUUUUAAAAGAACCAUCCAUCUACAAAGCUGAGUUAGUUGAUUUGGCUUUUCAUCUGCUCAUGCAGGAUAUUUGUCCUGUCGCUAAAGAGCUCGGUAUCAAUGCAACUAAACUGGCAUCGUAUCGACCCGCAUUCAAUCCUUCACACCUUGAGAUGGGUACCAUCAAGUUACCAUCUUUCUAUUGA